GUCCACCAUGGUUGGGACUUUCCCGCUUCUGUCAGUGCAGCCAACGCGGGGGCUCAUGGAUGAGAAGAUCCAGGUAGUUGUGAGGAAUUUACCUUCAGCGCUCUCGGUGACACUACAUUCCCUUCAUCUCUCUGAGGAUAAGGACCUUUGGGAGGCGUUCGGCCAUUACACCAGCGACGGCCAAGGCACGGUGAAAGUUGCUAAGGAUGCCAGUCUUGGAGGAACAUAUGAAGGAGCAGAGCCCAUGGGUCUACUGUGGAGCAUGCAGCCUGUUCCAGGUAGUCGGACAGGCCUCAGGUUGAGAAAGAUGGAUGUCCUCACUCCUAUGGCGGUACACAUCUCUGUGUACAGUGGGCACAUGACUGAGGGCUUCAGCAAGCAGUCUCCCCUAGCAACCGUUGUCACAGAACGAUGGUACAUGGCACCGGGUGUGUGCAGAAUUGACAUCAGGGAACAUGGAGUCCGAGGGACCCUCUUUUUACCCCCAGGUCCCGGACCCUUCCCUGGGGUGUUGGAUAUGUGGGGAGGGGGUGGGGGGCUAGUGGAGUACCGCUCCGGCCUCCUGGCGUCACACGGUUUUGUUUCCAUGGCGCUAGAGUACCUUUCCCAUGACAAGAACAGAACCUCAGACAUCGAUUCAAAAACCUACUUUGAGAAAGCAUUCAGGAUUGUGCAGGAGCACCCUCUGGUGAUGAAGGACAGAGUUGCUCUGUUUGGUCUCUCCUUAGGCACGUCAGUCGCCCUCAACUUGGCAGCCUACUCCAAAGACAUCAGCCCCAGAUGCUGUGUGUGUAUCAGUGGGAGUCACGUCAACCCGGUCAACAAGGCUUUCGGCAAAGUGUUUAGAAAGAUGAACGAGCACGGGUAUAAGACCCGAUUUGAUGAAGAGGGCCAUGUGGUCUGGAGAGACAUCAUUCUGCCCAUCCCAACAGACCUGGGAGAGAAAGUGGAUAUGGGGAGGAUAAAGUGUCCAUUGAUGUUGGUCGUCGGGGAGGAUGAUCAGAACUGGGCCACAGUGGAGUCUGCCAAGGAUAUGACCCAGAUGAUGCGUGCAGCGGGUAACGAGCACCUACUGACCAUUCUACAAUACCCUGAUGCUGGACACCUCAUUGAGCCGCCCUACACAGGGCGGGAACUGUACUUCCUCAGAGGCUGUCAAAGAUCUUAG